ACAACUAUCACUACCACAACAAUCUCAUUCUACAAAAACAACAGCAAUAACCACAACAGCCAUGCGUUUCUCUGCUCUUGCUCUUGCUCUCAUCGCCGUUGCCACUGUUCAGGCCAACUGCAACCACCCAAGUGCUCCUCCAGACAAUGGCGAGAUUGCUCUGUACCGUGGCAAAGACUGCACUGGAAUAUAUCUUAAUGUUGGUGCCAUGAACUCUUGCCAGAACUGGCCUGAUUUCGAUGCCUGCUCUGCCAUCACCAGAAGAGGUGUGACCUGCGACAUCUACAAGUCCGAUGGAUGCAGCAACGACUACAUUGCGACAAUUGACUCUUCUGGAUACCGCAACUUCUGUGGCUGGUUCAAGGAUAAUGUCCAGAGUGUCCGAUGCCGCGCGGCUUAAAAUACGAUAUGAGAGAGCAGACCCACUUCUCUUUGAUAUAUCGGUGUCAUCGACCCAUUGUAGCCCUUCUCCCUUUUUGGGUCAAGUUUUACAAUAAGGACGAUUUUAGCUAUUGCAAUUUACAAAUGAAAUAAAAGAAACUAUGUUUG